CAAUAAUGUAGAUAACGGUAAAGAAAGCUUUGGAGCAAAGCAAAUUUGAUAUUUUACAUACACAAACCAAAUCCAGAACGAAAGCAUAACCAUUUGGACAUUUUCAUUCAGGAAUCAUGUGGAAAUUCAAAAAGUGACGAAUCGAUUGCACGAGUACACACGAUAAUAACCGAACGCUUGUUUAGGUGUUGCUUUGAGCCGCAAUUGGCGUGCUUACCAAAGCAAUAAAAAUAUAUGCGCACGUCUGUAAAAAAGAUUUAUAGAUCAGGUGGUAGAGCAGCGGCAAUGUAAUCAGGUUCAGCUGCUACAGCCGAAAUUGGUCGUACGGACGGACAUGGGUAUGCACAAGAAUAGUUCAACGUACAACGAAACGACUGAUAGCCAAAUGUAAUAACAGUUGAUAGUGUAGUGCCGCAUACCGAGCUGAUAUGAAACUAGAAAUACAUUACAAAAACAAAAUUAAAAAAAAACUAGAAAAAAUAGCGGUAAUAAUUGCCGAAAUUGAUAAGCGCUUUGCGCUUUGCGCUACUGAUACACCGAUAAAUUGGCAACAAAUCAGCCAAACUACGGCCCUAGCACCUUGGCCAUUGACCAUUUGCAGAAAUCUAACAAAUUUGGUGCGGUUUUUGGUUUAGUGCUUCGACACCUUUGAUUCGAGACGGACGUUUCAGCUAGAGUGUACGGGUGUGAAAAACUCUUAAACGGUAUAUAUAAAGAUUUAUAUAUAUAUAAAUGUUUGAUUGACAACAACAAAAAACAUGACAAAAAUACGCACAAACAAUGCCAAACAGAGUAGCUAAAGUGAGAAAAUCUUAUAAGACUACAUAUAUCUUAUAAAAACUCAAAAACCACGACACAAAAGUUCGUAAAACUAUUGAAAGUAAAAUCAGUUAUCGUUCAAAAAUUUAUUGAAAUAAUAAAUAAUUAGUGAAUCAAUAAACACAACAAUAGCAAUAACACAAAUAAUUAAAAAAAAUUAUAAAAAUAAAAUUUGAGUGCGUACAUUAUAAGCAUAACACAAUCUACAUAGAUUCGCCAUCAGCUCACCAAAAUACAGAAAUACAAAGCAACCGUGUUGUGGAGGGUGGCGGGUAAUUGAACUUUAUCAAGCGCAAAAAAAUGAGUUUCGCACUAAAAUUGGCGCUUGUAAUACUUAUAAUCCACUUGAAAUUACACGGCCUAAACGCGGCAACAAUAAUCUAUCGCUAUAAAACGGUUAUCACUGAUAACGGCGGCAGCAGCAGCAACAGUGGCAGUGGCAGUGGCAGCGACAACAACAAUGACAACAACUUAAGCAAAAACAAUUAUAUGCCAUUUAAUGGCAAUAUUAAUGAUGUUUAUAACAACAACAACAACAACAGUAAUGAGUUAAUUGAUGAAACAACAUUAUCUACAACAACAAUAACAAAUACAACAUAUGAUUGGCAUAUAAGUGAUAAGCUGCUGCCGCACGCCACAAACAGUAGCAACAAUAUUAGUAAAAACAACGAAAACAACAACAAAAACGCUACACUAUCAGACCAACAGACAAAACAGUUAUGCGAUAGUGAAUAUGGCGAAUAUGGUAGCAGUAACAGGUGUGGCAGUGGGCGCAAUAUUCUCAACGAAGAUAAUAACGUGAACGACAGUUACAAGCAUGAAAUCAGUAACGGUAAUCAGAUAAGUAAUAUUGAGAACAACAAAAUAGCUGAGGGGCUGUCAUGGCAAUUUGUUUCCAACGAUGAGCAGCAGGAGCAACAGAGAACAACAACGAAUAAUACACUGCAGCCUUUAACGCCGAGGUCAAAAGAUUAUUACCAAUACGACGUGGGAAAUGAGUACAAUAACGCGACAACCACAAAAUCGUACGAAGAUCAGCAAGUAACGGUUCCCAGUAGUGUUACAACAGAUCAAGAUUUCAAUGCAAGCACCUCAACUGUUUUCGAAAACCAAACCACUGAGAUACCCACAACUGAAACAGACUUUGAUGAAUCGCCAGAACCCACUUUGACACAUGGUCUGUUUAGCGGUUGGGAUGAUAUUGUGACUGCACAUGAUAUAGACGCUUUUCUAAAACAGUAUAAAACUGAUUUGAAUAACACUUGUAUUAUGGACGGCGUUAAGGAUUUAAUUCAAUGGUGGAGCUUCACGAAUGGUUCACUCAACUUGGAACCGUUUCAAAAUAAAAAAAGUGAACCUUUUGCAGUGAGCUACAGUUGUAUGGACUUCUCGUAUCACAAUCUCACCGACGAUGAUAAACUCUACAAAAAAACUUUGGAAAAACAAUUGCGUGUGGGGCGAAAUAUUAUUGUCUUCUCGGCGUCGCAUAAUAAUCUUACAAAAAUACCAUUUCGCACGUUAUCGACAAUCAACAACACACUACAGUUUCUCACAUUGAAAGGCAAUUCUUUUAAAUCUUGCGCACAGUCGAAUCAAAGCGAUGCUGAAGCACUUCAAAAACAAAAUGGUACCGUAGGCGCUGUAAACGGUAGUGGAACGUACGCAAGUGCCGAAGUGUUAGCUGGAGUUCCAUCGUUUACUUAUCGUGAUUUCGUUAAGGGAAUCGAAACGAAGCUACAUGAUAAGGAGGAUAAUGCCAUCGCUUGGGCGUCCUUCCCGAAGAUGCCACAGCUACUAGAGUUGGACAUAAGCAACUGUAAUAUCGAACACAUCGAACGUGAUGUAUUUCGUAACAUCACCGGCAUACGUAAACUUUUUUUGUCGCGCAACAAAAUGAUCACCAUACCAAAAACCGCCUUCCAUUACCUGUCCAAACUGGAAUAUCUCGAUCUGUCCUUCACCAAUUUGUUAGAAUGUGACUACAAGCUGCCACAUCCGACACUUGAUGCUAUCUGGAAUUUAAUCUAUGGGGUUAACAUACAGUCAGGCACUUUCAGAAGACUCAAGAAACUCAAGUUUCUCGACAUGUCACACACGAAGCUGACACGCAACAGCGCCAUGGCGUUCACACAGCUUGGACACAGUCUGGAAUUUAUGAGCUUGUGUUACACAUCCUUUCCACUGAUUGGCAAUUCGUUAUUCAAGAAUACCCGCAUGAUUGGGCUCGAUCUCUCGGGUAAUCCUUAUGCGGCAUUCGUUGAUGAUGCAUUCGAAAGUGUUGCGGAGACUUUGGAAUACUUAUUCUUCGAGCAUUCCAAUCUAAAAGAACUGAAUUGGUUGAAAAAUCUCAAGAAUUUGCGUGUACUUGGUUUGGCCGGCAAUAACAUCAACUUAUUAAAUGGCGACUAUUUCGGCUCAUUGCAGAAUUUGGAAGGUCUGGAUUUGAGUUACAAUACCAUCGGCAAUUGGUAUCGGCAAGCAUUCGCUAACAACACGAACUUGCGUGUUUUAAAUCUACGCAACAACAACAUAAAUAUUAUCAACUACGAAAUGUUGAAGGAUUUCAAGUCUCUCGAGUUUCUCGGUUUAGGCGAGAAUAAUUUCGUUUGCGAUUGCUUAUUACGCGAUUUGGUCGAUGUCGCCGCGCUCAACAACAAAAAAGCCGAGUGCGAAAGCAAUGUCUUCGACGAUAUUUCUAAUAUAAUAGUGGAGAACGCCGAUAAUAUGGCGAUUCAGGGGCGUAAUGCAACGGAAAUUAAAAAUUUACUAUCGGCAAUGCUAGAGAAACCGCCGGCGGAGAGCUUAAAACAAAAUUACAAAAAUCUAUAUAAAUCCUAUGUGCGUGGCUUGCCGCCACGCUUGCGUAAAGUCGCGCCAAAAGCUUACGCCGGCAUGCGUUUAACCUUCCAAGCAACGGAUGAAUGUACCGCCUUGAACUCGGCUAUAUACAGUGAUUUUUGGAAUGAGUCAACGCCGCGUUUCCGUCUGAUCGACUAUGAGGACGAUCACUAUUGGUGCUUCAAUGGCACACAACGCAUGCAAUUCGUGCAAUUGAGUUGCCAGGCGGCGUCAUUUGAUGGCAUGCUUGAGGACAGCAUACAUGAGUUAACGAUUAUUGUCGUCGCAGCGGUUUGUACAUUUAUGGGCGUAACAUUGGUCGCCGUGUUGUUGUAUCUGAAGCGUUGGCAUAUUUACUAUUACUAUUCAUCGCUGAAGUCGGCCGCUUUGCUGUCCAUGGCCACGAAGGAUCAAGUGAAAAAGUUCAAUGAGUUGGCCGAAAGUGAUCCGCAAAUGGUCUAUGACAUCUUCAUUAGUUACUGUCAGAGUGAUCGUGAUUGGGUGCUGGAGGAAUUGCUGCCGAAUGUGGAAGAAGCUGGCAACAUAUCGAUAUGUCUGCACGAACGUGAUUUUCAGAUCGGUGUCGCCAUACUUGAGAACAUUAUAUCUUGCAUGGAUCGAUCGCGUGCCCUCAUGUUAAUUGUAUCCUCAAACUUUCUACUGAGUCAUUGGUGUCAAUUUGAAAUGCAUUUGGCGCAACAUCGCAUUUUCGAGGUGAGCAAGGAGCAUCUAAUUAUCGUAUUUCUCGAAGAUAUACCACGCAGUAAACGCCCGAAAACACUACAAUAUCUCAUGGAAGUCAAAACAUAUAUCAAAUGGCCAGGCGCAAAGGGACGUGAAGUUAAACCGGAAGAACGUAAACAUUUUUGGAAACGUUUUCGCCGUUCAUUAGAGCAUAUUGGUAUUGCACCCACCGAAUCGCAUGCCUAAUACAGCCGAAUAACAUCCUUAACAUAAUUUAACAACAACAAUAUACGUGAAUUACAACCUGAAAUAUGAAACGUGGGUGGAAAACGGCAAAUUUAAUAAAGAGAUUAUCAAAGCAAAAGUUUUAGCACAAGUACCUGAUAGCGAUUAUUUUUAGAUAUAAUAUGGUAUAGUACUCAGUACUUUUUUUUGAUACUCAUUAUGGUUAAAUUGUAGUUAAUAUGUAAGACAAUAUUAGUAAAUUAUAAGAAAAUGAAGAAAAAAUUGAUGAUGGAGAAAUUAAAGUCUUUGAUUUAUUGUACAUUUCAUUUACUUUGCAACAAACGCUUCAAUAUGGACACGGGACGACUUUACAAAUAUUAUA